UUGCAAAGAUACAAAAACUCAAAAGGAAAAGCUUUACUGUAACAAUCAUGGAAUCGUAAUGCGAACGAAGUCUAAUGUGCGAACAUCUGUGAAACACUGAACUUGCAAAUUGUGCAUCUCUCUUCUUUUGCAGCAGUGUUUAUAAUGUUAAUGAGUUUCCAUGACAGUUAUUGCUAUGGCAAUUAGUUUUGGUACAAUUAAUGAAAUGAAUAUGUGCAAAAACUAGCUCUAGACAAUUUCUUAACCUUUCCGAACCCUUCCUGAAAUUUCUGGAGCUACUUCGGUUGGCGUCUGCAUUACUGCAUCAAUGAGCCCAUGACAUUCAUCUCCACCAACAUCUGUGCUGUGUAUUAGUACAGCUCGAACAUUUGCAAAACACCUUCUCCAGUCUGAUCUCGCUCUCAGGCAUCUGUGCGUCAGCGAAGGAGUGACAGUUAGACCUGUUCGUCACAGGAAACUACAAGUGUCUAGUAAAUAAAGCUUCCUGCCACAGUGUUCAAUGCUAAAACACUGAGACAGCCACAGCAGCAUCCCACAGUGACUCCACCUGAAACUGAUAUCAGCUACUCCUCCUCAGCUCCUCAAGAAAACUAGCCUCUCAUCUCUAAGGAAAUCCCCCCGAAUAGCUUUCUAACUUGGCCAUUUGAGUUUUCAGGCCUUUUGCACAUGUUCGUACGCAGACGUGCAGGUGUGGAGAUCUGAUCGCUCAUAAGGAAGGAGUGUCAUCGUUGCUACUCUGAGGACCAUGAGAUUGUGGUUCCCAUCAGCAUUGUGUGCCUGAACUCUCCAGAGCAGCAUGGGCAGUCGGCCCAGUAAAGACCGGCGUGGAUCCAGCUCACAUGCUGUUCUCUUGGACACGGAGGACAGCACUGAGCUGCUGACCAUGGACAGUGGUAGAUUCGUGGUGGUGUCCCUGUUCGACUAUCCAUCCAGAGGUCCGGGUGACUGCACCAUCAGAGUGGGAGAGAGGCUCAACAUUUUGUCUGAUGAGGGAGAGUGGUGGAAAGUCAGUUCAUCAGCCACAGGAAAUGAGAGCUACAUCCCCAGCAAUUACACCGCCAAAGUGUACAACAGGUGGCAGUUUGUGGGUCUCAGUAAACAGAAAGCAGAGGAACUGUUGAUGCUCCCCCAUAAUCAGCCUGGCUCCUUCCUCAUCAGAGAGAGUGAGACCUACCCAGGGAACCACACUCUGUCAGUGCUUAAGAGCAGCUCGCAGGAGCGCGCUUCUGUCAGACACUACCGUAUCAGCUGCAUUGAGAAUGGCUGGAUCUACAUCUCUCCCAGACUCACCUUCAGGACCCUCUCAGACCUGGUCGCACACUAUUCAGAAGUUUCGGACGGGCUGUGCUGUACUCUGGGGGAGCCGUGCUACAUCAUUGGAUCCAACAAUGUUCCAGUGGUCACCGGCCCGCCUCCGGUUGCUGUGAGGAGGCCCACUAUAAACUGGAAAGACGUAAACAGCUCCAUGAUCUUCGGACAGAGUAAAGACGGUGCGGAGAACUCUCUAGUGAGCGAAGGACUGAAGGAGGCCAUUAACUCGUACCUCUACAUGACAGAAGACUGUGAUGACUGCUGUCAGCUCUGGGACACAUGAGUGGAAGACUGGAGGACGAGUGUUUGAAUGACUUUGGUCUCUUGAUGCUGUGAUAUGGGAUGAAACACUUUACAGAAAUGAACCCGGAAACGAAAAAUGCAUCUAAGCGUCUAUUUUCAUUAGUGUAUUUCUGCCUAAAAACUGUGUAAGAGCGAAAACGGUGUCGGAUGAAGGUCCCAGACAGGAGCACUGACUCAUUGCUGUUGUUCAAGAGUGGGUGCUGGAGACAAAGAUGUCACAGUUUCCUCUGUGGACGCGCUCCUGGCGGACAUAAAAGAGAAAACGACUGAAGGAAAGAACGACAGAGGAGUGUGCGAGUGGGAGGGGGAACACAGCUGGGUGGCACACGCAUCCAUUUCCACUCCACUCACACUUUUUUUGGAACUUAAUCAGUGUUGAUCUUAUUACAAAUAUGACCACAAUCAGAGAAUGAUGCAUCACAAGAAGCACAAAGAAGCAUCAUUAAUGGUAUCAGUGUUUGAUGUCAUUUUUUUUUGAAAAUGCCAAACAAAAUACGUAUUUAUGAUUUAUGACUUGUAACACAAAUGUUGUGAAUCUUUGCUGAAAGAGAUAGUAAAGACCUAAAAAUGAAGUGUCAUUUACUCACAUCAUUCCAAGCCUGUUUUGAGUUUCUUCUGUGGAACACGAAAGAUCAUUUGAAGAAAGUUGAUAACCAAACAGUUUCAGUUUCCAUUGACUUUAAUUGUAUGGUCCAAAAAUAUAAUGGAAGUCAGUGGGCAUCGCAACAGUUUGGUUAUCAACGUUCUUCAAAAGAUCAUUAAAAGAUCUUCUUUUGUGUUCAAAGUCAUGCAAGUUUGGAGAAACAUGAAGGUUAGAAAACCCCCAGUUUUCAUUCUUGGGUGAACUAUCUCUCGUGAUAUAUUGACCUAAGUUAUGUUCUUUUAAAUAAACUCAAAAGAAAAAACAA